AUGUCGAAUCGCCGUCCAGCUCCCCGCCCCAGUCGCGGCGGCGAAGAAUUCGCUCGUACCCACUACCUCGAGGAAGAGGGUCCAUCAUUAAAGAAGCCCCGGUUCGACGUCCGCAACCCUUCUGCUCUGGCACCAGAUGCUCCAGAAGAAGAUGCAAUUCUCGAAGCCGAUGAGAUUGGGAAGAGGGGUCAGCAGACGAAACGCAAUGCCGUAAACAUCGAUGGCUAUGAGUCAGAUUCUUCGAAUGAAGGUUUCGAUGCCAGGGCUGAUGCUAAGGCUAAAGUGGUAAAGAAGAAUGGAGGCGUUGGUGGGAGUGGAAAUGGGGGGAAGCAGGAAGAGGAGAACGAUAUGUUCGCGGAUUUAGAUGAGAAUGUCAAGGACGGAGAUGAGGAUGAGGAGGUCGUGAGGGAGGGAAAGAAGAAAAGGAAGGAAGUGCAUUUCUUGGGAGAGGACGAGAUUGAGGGUCAAGUUGCGGGCAGUAAGAGUGGUGGUCAUGUCAGUGCGGAUCUACUCCUGAAUGGAAAUGGUGCUCCCCAACGAAAAGGAAAAAGCAAAGAGGUGGAUAGCAGUAGCGAGAGUGAUGUAGGCGAGGAAGAGAGAGCAGACGUGGGAGAGGUGGAUGAGGAGAUCGGAGCUGGAGGAAAGAAAGAACACGCCCCAAAGCUCGACGCUUUCAAUAUGAAGAACGAACAGGAAGAAGGCAGGUUCGAUGCGCAGGGCAACUUCGUGAGGAAGGCGGCGGAUCCAGAUGCGGUGCACGAUUCGUGGCUAGAGGGGGUGUCGAAGAAAGACAUGAAGAAAGCGAAAGAAGCAGCGGAUAAGAGGGACGAGGAGAGCAGGCAGAAGAGGAAAGAGGAUGAUGCUAUACUGACAAGCGACAUCCUGAAGACGCUGAUACCCUACCUUGAGCGAGGAGAAACGGUGCUCGAGGCUCUGGCGCGGUUGGGGAGAGGCAAGGAAAAGAAGAAACCCAAAUGGCAUAAUAGGAAUAAGCGGAAAGGAGACGAUGCUAUGGAUGUUGACCACGAGAAAACUCCUGAAGACCCAGCAGAGACACGGCGGCGGGAAGCUGUCGAAGCUAUAACUGGCCCAGCAGAUCAACUUUUCACAAGAGGACAAACGGAGAUAUAUGAUACAGAGCGGGAGGUACUGAUGCGGCAGUAUAGCCGCGAGACCGGCGAGGACUGGGUAGACGCUCCUCGGGAUGAGGAAGAAGAAGAGGGUGCGGAUGGGGUCAGGGAAGCAAAGCAAUGGGAGUACCGGUGGUCAGAUCGACGAGAUGGAGGGCAAAUUAACGGGCCUUACGAUGGGAGUAUGAUGGUUGCGUGGAAUGAUGCUGGAUACUUUGGGGUUGGGGUCGAAUUUAGAGAAGCUGGCUCCGAAUGGUGGAGUCGAGAUGUAGAUUUUGUAUGA